AAUUCUCUGCCUCUUUAAGCUAUUACAGUAGUCUUCCUCAUUGUUAGCACAAUGAAACAUGCCCCAGUAAAGAUUCCGCUUUUCGUCAUUGCUAUCGUGUUUCUUGUAUUUGCCUUUGUUGGUUUAUUCCACAAUGAUGAAAACUCAAGGUUACUCUCUCCCACUUCGUUUUUCAAGCUUAGCAAUUCUUGUUCAAGUCAGGAAACCAAAGUAAGUCAUUCGGGUACCCCUGCGAAAAAGAAAACAAGAAGUAAUCUUACCAGCAAGGGUUCUUCUAAAGUUACUGAAGUAGAGGAAAUCUACAAAACCGAUAAUGAAGACGAAGAUUUUCUUGAAAACAAGUGUGACAUUACUAAAGGGAAAUGGGUAUUCAACAAUUUGUCUCAGCCAUUGUACUCGGACCAAUCUUGCCCGUACAUCGACAAACAAGUUUCUUGUGUAAAGAACGGUCGAACGGAUUCUGAUUACCGUCACUGGGAAUGGCAACCAGAUGAUUGUGUUUUGCCAAGGUUUGAUCCAGAAGUUGUUCUUGACAAACUGAGAGGGAAGCGGCUCAUGUUUGUUGGAGAUUCACUACAGAGAAAUCAAUGGCAAUCUUUCGUUUGUCUGGUUCAAUCUGUCAUACCGCCAGAACAAAAAACCAUGCGUCGACGUGGUCGUUCUCACACUGUUUUUAAAGCCAAGGAAUAUAAUGCUACAGUUGAAUUUUACUGGGCGCCAUUUCUAAUUGAAUCUAAUUCCGAUCUCGAUAUUAUAUCAGAUCCAAGGAAGAGAAUAUUGAAAGUAGAUUCAGUAUCUAAACAUGCACAAUACUGGGUAGGAGUAGAUAUUCUUAUUUUCAAUACAUACAUUUGGUGGAUGAAUGGUAUCAAAAUCAAGUCACUAUGGGGUUCAUUUUCAAAUGGCGAAGACGGGUACGAAGAGUUGGAGGCAGAAGUGGCAUACAGAAUUGCCUUAAAGACAUGGGCUAAUUGGGUUGACUCUACCAUUGCUUCCAACAAGACCAGGGUCUUUUUUACUACAAUGUCUCCAACACAUAUGGGAAGCAUAGAUCGGCAUGAAAAGAGAGGAUUUAGAUGCUACAACGAAACAAAGCCAUUCAACAAGUACUGGGGACGUGAUUUAAAUCGCCGGGUUAUGAACAUAGUAGCCAGCGUAGUAGGUCGAAUGAAAAUUCCAGUACAAUUUAUCAACAUAACACAAAUGUCAGAGCGUAGAAUUGAUGGACAUGCAUCAGUUUACACUGAAUUUGGUGGAAAAGUUGUAACAGAUGAACAAAAAGCAAAGCCAAGAGGCCACACAGACUGCAUACACUGGUGUUUACCGGGCGUGCCGGAUACAUGGAACCAACUGUUCUUCUCAUACUUGUAAUCAAGAAAAUAAUAUAACACACACUUUCACUAA